UGCUCAGCUUCCCUGGGAUAUGGGGUGGGGGUGGAGGUAGGGGUGGGAGGAAGGGGAGGGAGAGUAUUUCGUUUCCUAUACAUCUUAACAGGCUGCCAUCUUCCCACCUAGAAUGUUACCGCGUACUAGAAAGGAAUUCAGUGAAGUAGCUGACACAAUUUACUGGCCGAGUGACCAGAAUUAAGUACAAGCAAAGCUUUAUUUCUAAUUCAUUCAUUCAUUCGUUCGUUCAUCCCAUUCACCAUUCAGGGUCGGUUUAGUUUGAGCACUAACACUGGACGUAAGACUUCCUUCCCUGAAGUCUCCUCCCGGCUAAGACACCUGGCUCCAGUGUGAGCUCUGAGAAAGCCCGGGAACUCACACGGGCGGGAGGAAUCUGGAAGCUCGCGCGUCCUUAGCGCCGCCCUACAGUCCCUCGUUGGGUCGGAUAGAGGCGGAAAGGCGAUUUUCUCGCGGUAACAGGAAGCGGGGGAUCCCGGACACUCGUUGUAGACCCACUAGGGUAGCUUAGUCUUCGUCCAUACGCAUUCCUGGAGUCUCAGUGGUGAGUAGGGAGAAACACUCCCCAGCCGUCACCGGUUAGUCCCCGCCCUCUGCGGUAUUCCACGCUCCGCCCCUCUCCGAGGGCGCGCGGACUCCUAGCCAACUACCGCCCCGCUCUCAGCCAGCACCUACAAGCCUGGGGGUGGGAGGGGCAUCCAGCGGCACUGCGGCAGCCGCGGGCCGGUCUCGUGCUCCGCCGCGUCGCGAGGAGCACAUUUCUCUUCGCCUGCGGAGGUUUCCUACGCAUGCGCGUUGCUCCCCUCUUGCUGCCGCCACCACCCUAGCCACCAGCUGCCCUGGUUACCGUUGGUACCUCGGUACUCCCCUUUCCCAGCCCCGCGCCACCACUUAGCUGGGGUAGAACCGUUCACCCUUGUCACGUGAGAGCAGGGGAAGGAGACGCUGCGGGGCUCGCUGUAGGUCUCUGGCCCUCUUUUUCUCCCGCUCGCUCCUGGGCUCGGGCUCGCCGGCUAGGCUGGGCUGGGCUGAGCGGGGCGCGCGGGCCGGCUGACUGGAGAAGGGAGGAGCGCCCGGGUGGGGCGCGCGCAGAUAAAAAUGGCGAAAUGGGGUUAGGCGGCAUGGAGGUAGGAGCGGUGGGGCGCCGAAGGGGGACCGGGCAUACCCGAGUCCCGUAACCCCCACCCCAGCAUCGUGCUGUUUUCUCUGGCCAACCGGACCUGGCGACCUGGUUCUGACACCUGGUGGGGGACAACGACGGAUUCCGCGGGGUACCGCGGGGCCUGGCGGGAGCUAGAGGCAAUGGAUGAGCAGAGCGUGGAGAGUAUUGCUGAGGUUUUCCGAUGUUUCAUUUGUAUGGAGAAGUUGCGUGAUGCACGUCUGUGUCCACAUUGUUCCAAGCUUUGUUGUUUCAGCUGUAUUCGGCGUUGGCUGACCGAACAGAGAGCUCAGUGUCCUCAUUGUCGUGCUCCCCUCCAGCUUCGAGAACUGGUAAACUGUCGUUGGGCGGAAGAGGUUACCCAGCAGCUUGACACUCUUCAACUUUGCAGUCUCACCAAACAUGAAGAAAAUGAAAAGGACAAAUGUGAAAAUCACCAUGAAAAGCUUAGUGUAUUCUGCUGGACUUGUAAGAAAUGUAUCUGCCAUCAAUGUGCACUUUGGGGAGGAAUGCAUGGUGGACACACUUUUAAACCUUUGGCGGAAAUUUAUGAGCAACAUGUCACUAAAGUGAAUGAAGAAGUAGCAAAACUUCGUCGGCGACUCAUGGAAUUAAUAAGCUUGGUUCAAGAAGUGGAAAGAAAUGUAGAGGCAGUACGAAGUGCAAAAGAUGAACGUGUUCGAGAAAUUAGAAAUGCAGUAGAGAUGAUGAUUGCACGUUUAGAUACACAGCUGAAGAAUAAACUUAUAACAUUAAUGGGUCAAAAGACAUCUCUGACACAAGAAACAGAACUUUUGGAAUCUCUACUCCAGGAGGUGGAACAUCAGCUGCGUUCAUGUAGUAAGAGUGAAUUAAUCUCUAAAAGUUCAGAGAUCCUCAUGAUGUUUCAGCAGGUUCAUAGAAAGCCCAUGGCAUCCUUUGUUACAACUCCAGUUCCACCAGAUUUUACAAGUGAAUUAGUACCAGCUUAUGAUUCAACUACCUUUGUUUUAGAAAACUUCAGUACUUUGCGCCAGAGGGCAGAUCCUGUUUAUAGUCCACCUCUUCAAGUUUCAGGGCUUUGCUGGAGGCUGAAGGUUUAUCCAGAUGGAAAUGGAGUUGUGCGUGGUUAUUACCUCUCCGUGUUUCUGGAACUCUCAGCUGGAUUGCCAGAAACUUCUAAAUAUGAAUACCGUGUUGAGAUGGUUCAUCAGUCCUCAAAUGACCCUGCCAAGAAUAUCAUUCGAGAAUUUGCCUCUGAUUUUGAAGUUGGAGAAUGCUGGGGUUAUAAUAGAUUUUUUCGUUUAGACUUGCUUGCAAAUGAAGGCUAUUUGAACCGGCAGAAUGAUACAGUAAUUUUAAGAUUUCAAGUUCGUUCACCAACUUUCUUCCAAAAAUGCCGGGAUCAACACUGGUAUAUUACUCAGUUGGAAACUGCCCAAACUAGCUAUAUUCAACAAAUUAAUAAUCUUAAAGAGAGACUUACUAUUGAACUUUCCCGAUUCCAAAAAUCAAGAGGCAUGUCACCACCAGACACUCAUCUUAGCCCUCAAAAUGGUGAUGGUCUGGAGAUGAGAGCUAAGAAAGCAGGAUCAAGUUGUGAAUUACUUCUAGAGGGUAUGCCUGCCACAACUUCAGUAAGAGAGGCUAAAGAGGAUGAAGAGGAUGAAGAAAAGACCCAACAUGAAGAUUAUAAUCAUGAGCUUUCAGAUGGAGAUCUGGAUAUAGAUCUUGUUGGAGAAGAUGAAGUAAACCAUUUAGAUGGUAGCAGUUCUUCUGCCAGUUCAACAGCAACUAGUAAUACUGAAGAAAAUGAUAUUGAUGAAGAAACUAUGUCUGGGGAGAAUGAUGUAGAAUAUAGUAAUAACAUGGAAUUAGAAGAGGGAGAACUCAUGGAAGAUACAACUGCUGCUGGAGCUUCAGGCAGUAGCCAUGGUUAUGCAAGUGCAAGCCGCAGAGCUUCAAGGCGAGCUGGAAAUGCAGGGUCUACAGCUAGUAGCAGUUUAUUAGAUAUUGAUCCCUUAAUUUUAAUACACUUGUUGGAUCUUAAGGACCGGAGCAGUAUGGAAAAUUUAUGGGGCUUACAGCCUCGUCCACCUGCUUCAUUGCUACAGUCCACAGCCUCAUAUGCCCGGAAAGAUAAAGAUCAAAGGAGACAACAGGCAAUGUGGAGAGUCCCUCCAGACUUGAAGAUGCUAAAGAGACUCAAAACCCAAAUGGCUGAAGUGAGGAGCAAAAUGUCUGAUGUAAAAAAUCAACUAUCAGAAGUAAGAAGCAGCAAUGCUGGGUCCUGUGAUGUCCAGUCCAAUUCUUUUUCUGCUGAUCAGGUGUCUUUGGCUGCCUGUACAACAGAAAGCUGUGGCAAAUUGCAAGAUCUUGGAAUGGAACUUCUGACAAAGUCAUCAGUUACAAGUUGUUACAUCAGGAGCUCCACAAAUAAGAAAAGUAAUUCUCCUAAACCUACCCGAUCUGGUACAGCUGGAAGUUUGUCACUAAGGAGAGCAGUGGAUUGUGGGGAAAACAAUCAUCGCCCAAAGGGAGACUGUCAGACUUCCUCUGAAGGGUGCCCUGGAAGCUCACAAUCUAGUAGCAGACAUAGCCCACCCCGGGCCUUGACUCAUGGCAACAUCUGUGAAGUAUUGCCCAAAGCAGAAGACAGACAGUGUGAAGUUUUGGAUCCAGAUGUUUUAAUUGUUGCAGGUUUAAAUGGUUUACCUGUUAUGGAGAAAACAAGAAAAAUGGUCACCUUGGGGUCAAAUGCUAAAGGAUGUCGCAUAGAAGGGACACCAAUAGCUGAUAUGGAAAACAAUUCUGAAACGGGGGAGUUACAAGCCAUACUUCCUGAAGGGGCUUCAGCUGUGCCUGAAGAAGCAGUUCUCUGCCAGAAGCAUGUUCUUCGGCUUCUGCCAGGAAUGAGCAGUGAUAGUGAUGUUGAGUGUGACACCGAAAAUGAAGAGCAGGAAGAGAGUGCUCCUUUGGAUGGAUUUAAUGACACCUUCAUGGGACAGCCCUCAGUGGAAGAUACCUGUACCAGUUUUCCCGAAGGUGAUCAGAUAGGCCCUGAAGACCUCAGUUUCACCACUGGUGAGAGCAGUGGAAGGUAAUUGCCAAACUGAGGGCAUUGGCUUUGAGUUACCACGACCCUGAAAUGUGCAGUAGAUGUGGCUGGAGUUUCUCGUCAGAGCCAGGAACGAUCGCACUUGACCUUUGUUUGCUGCCACUCUCACCUGCAAUAAUAUUCCUGAAACUGACAGGAGGGUAUGCAUUGAGUGCACUCUGGAGAGAAGAAGCAGUGUGGGAAGAGUUCUUUGUGUAACAAAAUAAUAAGAGUACUGUUAGACGUUAAUAAAUAACCUGCACUCACAAAAGGCAGUUUUUCUACAACUGAAAGGAGAUAAAUUGCCAGACAUUUUCUUCUAUCUUCCUAACUUGUUUGGUGCAUGCACUCAUUAACCUACUCAGUGUUGAUACUGUCCCUUUGGUGUUCUCUCCAGUAUCUGUGUUUAAAUGACCACUUUCCCACUUGUGACAUUUAAUCAACAAUUUAUUCAUGCCUGUUAUUUCAUGACCAAGAAAAAAGUUACUUAGGAAUAGAUUUUGUACUACAGGCUCUUUGUGUGAAUAAGUGGAAUAACUCUACCCUCUGAUGGGGCACAUAGACUAAUAGGAGCUAGCUAAUUUCAUUCGAAAAUGAAGAUGUCCAAAUUUAGUUGCAUAAAAUGAUUCCAUCAUGCAACUUUUUCACCUUUAGGAGAAUUAGGUAGAUUUGAAAAGGUUCUUCUUGUGGUUCCUAGUCUUUUAAGUGUUGAUCCCUUGGCAGUUUCAGUUUUGGUUUGUUUCGGUUUCGGUUUUUUUUUUUUUUUUUUUUUUUUUUUUGUCUCAACAUGUUUAACAAAUAUUGAGAGAGAAUCUCCCUGACUCUUAAUAUUUUUCAUCAGUUUAAAUUAAUUCUCUUUAAAUUUAAAGGUUCAAAAAUGUUAGUGAUUCACAUGAAAGUUUCAAAAGUUUUUUUUCCUUUUUUCAUUUUUGGACCAAUUUGGGGAGAAAGUAAUUGCCAAACUUAUCCUUGAGGAAUGGCAUUUGUAUUUGAGCUGCUACAUUGACUGUGAAAACUACAUUGAAAAUUAAGAGGCUACUGAAAAGGAUAAAUAAUUGUAAAUAAAUAUUUGAAAGGAAGACUUUUAAUCUGCCCAUAUUUUAGCUAAUGAAAAUUGCUUUUUGAUGUCUGAUAUUUUGGUGUUAAAUAUUAUCAUUCAUGGUUCUUGUUCAAAACAGUUUGCACUUUUUGUUAAUAAAAUGAUCUUGGGAAAAUAUAGUGCUUAUGGUUUUUGGAAAAGAAGUCAGAAGGCUUGUUCUAUUCUAGUCACCUGAAUGAAAAGCUUCUUCACUUUGUACAUAUUGGGUAAGCACAUAAGGAAAUGAGUAGUAUUUUCUAAGUCUUUGUGAUAUAGCCACAAGGUCUCCUUGAAUUAGGUAGACAUAGUCUAGGCAGUAUCAUCCUAAAGCCUAGAAGUUACUUGUUUUCUUUGCACUAACUUAACUACAUUUCAUAGGUUCUUUUUAUGGGGUUAUUUUGCAAAAUAUUAUAGGUAGACUCUUUAAUGCUUUUAGCUUAUUAGAUUCAGAAGAUUUUAUCUUCAUUGUAUUUUAAUUUUUUUAUUUUUAAUUUAACUAUAUCUUUUUCUUACACAUACACCUACAUGAUAUAAUUAUACAUACAUUCUAUGUGUAAAUAUGUCAUUUAGGUAAUAGGUGAUAAAUAUUUUAUAAUAAUUCUCCAUCCUUUUCCAAAUCCAGUUAUUCUUUUUGUGAAAAAAUAAAACAAACUAGCAAUAGGAGAACUAAAACAAAAAUGUUACCCUCUCUUUAAAAAAAUAUAGCUGAUUAAUAAAUUAGUUGCCUGGAUCUCAUAUUUUUGGGGCAAAUUCUGAUUUGAUCUCUCUUAUUCUAGGACUGCUUAUGUAAACAUGAAGUUUACAUUCAUUGGAUUUGUCAUAAUUGUAGAGAUUACAAGUUUACAGCUGUUCUCAUUUGUCCUUCACAGUAUCCUUGUGAGGUAAAAGGAGCAAUAUUAUUAUUUCUAUUUUCACAAAGGAGAUAACCAGAGUUCAAAGAUUUUAGCUUGCCUAAAAUUUACUCAUGUAAACAUAGGGAAGCCCUACAAGAUUCAAGCCUAGGUUCUCUGAUUCCAAGUGUAGUGUUAUUACCAUUCUCCCACAACUAUCACACAAUUUACUUAUGUUGUCUGAAGUUUUCCUUUGUUUUGUGAUAAUAUAGAAAACAGUAUUGCAUCUGGGAGUCAGCAGAUCUCGAUUUGAUUCUUGAUUCUGCCACUAACUCUGUGACCUUGAGCAGGUCACACUUGAGAGAUCACAAAUUCUCAAUUCCCUUGUUUCUAAAGUGAGUAUUACUUAAUGUAUUUACCCCUUUCAGGGUUAAAAGGAAAGUAGUUUGUAAACCUUAACUUGUUAGAGAACUUCGGUGGUUAUUAUUGCUAUAUAACUGUGGGAAGGGGAUUUGUGCUGGGAACUGAGGCAGAUAAGAUAGGAAAUGGCUUUUAUUUAUCACAUUAAAUUUCCAGAGCUUUUCUUGACAGCUCUUUACAUUGUUUUCUUGGGCUAUUAAUCACUGUCCUAUGUUCUUGUCUUAGUUCAGCAUUCUGAAUCCCUCUUUUACCAUAAAUGUGCAAAAUAUUCAUCAAAACCUGAAGUUUAUUAAUAAAGACAGUAGAUCAAUCAAAA